AUGUCGUCCUCACAGCUCUCUACAGCCAAAAUUGGAACAGCCCCUUCGUUUCAUUCACGCACGCUAAGUAAUCAAUCAUCGGAAUCAUCGACGGAGAGGAAUUUCGAACACCGUCGUGAAUGGCCUUGUAGGAGCUGGCGGAGGUAUCAUUGCUCAAAUCAUCACGUAUCCUCUCCAAUCGGUACUUAUCCUUCCCUUUUACUCUCUUUGUCUACUUCCUAUUCGUCUGAAGAAGAUGCUGAUAUGACUGACAAUGCUGAUCUAGAUACAACAUACCUUCAUACUAAUGGAAAUGCUGGUCAUGGGAGCUUACCAGAACAUAAUAAUGCAAAUGGAGAGCAUAGUGUAUCUGGAGACCUGCAUGGUGUUCAACCAGAUCCUGUAGUUGCUGAUAUUCUUAGGAAAGAACCAGAGCACGAGACCUUUGUAAGGCUGAGAAUUAGCCCAUUUGAGACACCAUCUUCUGAUGAAGCAGAGGUUUAUAGAGCAUUACAAGGUUGUCUUGAGAUGCGAAAGAGCUAUGUGUUCAGAGAAAGCAUUGCUCCAUGGGAGAAACAAGUUAUAUCUGAUCCUAGUUCUCCAAAGCGUAAUCCAAAUCCUUUUGAGUAUACCCCUGAGACAAAAUAUGAUGUAGGUUUGAAGUUUCUGACACAAGUUUGUUCUUGA